GCGCACGGGGGGAUUCCCUGCCAUGCCAGUUGUGUCUGUGCGUUCCGUCGACUCCCGCAUUUGCUUGAAAAAUAUUUGGCGGAAAUGGAUAUUGUGUCCAGCCUGAACUCGGGCACCCGAGCCGUCUUAUGCCGUAGAUCUACGACGAACACCACACAAAACUGGGCUCCUCUCGCGCCACACUACCAUUGCCAACUAACUUGAAAGUUGAAGGCAACGGUUUGACAGACUCAGUCGCUGUGUCCGAGUGGCAGGAAAACUCUGGAGUCCAGUAGGCGCAGGCCUCAACAACACUAGCGAAAUAGGAGAGAUCAUCAAUCUCGCAUCCUGUUCGUGAAAUAAUUGUUGCCCGGUUCCCCUACCUUGACAUCCCAUUCAUAGUUAGUGCAUCAGGACCAGGACCCGACAUCUUACACUGACUGGCUGAGCAAGUGAGUGAAGGUUUCCUCUAGAGUCUUCAUUAUCGGAGACAUCACAUCGCCUCGUAUGGAAGCAAAUCGAGCUGUACCGGUGCCAAACUAAAGUAAAUCGACAAGGGCCUUCGCCAAUCUAGCGCUCGUCUGACCUGAGCAUUGGCGAAGAGCAGUCUUAGAGAGCCGGUGGCUGUAACGACGGUGACGUGAUCAUCCUAAGGAUGUCUCCUUGCUUUGGAGCGCUCGGGGCAUCCUAAAAGAUGGCAGAAGGUGACGCUUCGGAUGUUUCCUCGAGACUGGAGAAAGCCUUUGAGGAUGGCGAUGUUGAAACGUUCGACUGGAUAUGCGUUGAUAACAACUUGACGGGGUCAAGUAUCAUUGCACCGGCCACUGAAACGCUGAUAAUUCGGUGCAUCCAGCAUGAGGAUGAGCGGUUUCUUGAGCACUUGCUGAAAGGCGGCAUCUUCACGCACCAGCGUCACGUGAGAACUGGCCAGCUACCCGUGCACGUUGCCAUAACCCUGGGCAAAUGCAACUAUAUGCGUCUGGUCCUGCAGCAUUCUCCGUGCACAGCGUUUGCGGUGUGCUCCGAGCACUGGUCGUGCCUUCACUAUGCAUGCGCCCUGGGUGAUGUCGACACCAUCCGCUACCUCAGCCGCACGGCGUUCCAGGAUGAAAAUGGCCUGGAGAGGCGCCUGAACAUUGACGUUACGGACAAGAAGAUGCGAACGCCACUUCACAUUGCUGCUGGCUGUGGCAAGACGGAUGCAGUGAAAUUGUUGCUGCAAUAUUCGCGUGAGGCGGAGGAUGGACAGCUGCAGCGGGUGAGCGUCAACGCAGCAGAAAGCUCCGGCCGCACACCACUGCACCUGUCUUGUAUUGAAGGGCACGUGGGGGUAGCCAAGGCACUGGUCGGAGUCGCUCAAGACAUGCAGGAGUGGGCCUGGCGCAAGAGCAGUCCCAAGGCCGAUGUCAACCACUUUGACCUGUACGGCAAGACGGCGUUGCACUACGCUGCGCAGCGUGGCGAUGACGAGUGCGCCGAUGUGCUGUUAAGACAUGGCACCGACGCGGCUGCACUUGCCGAGCCCAGUCAUAAGGUGUGUGUACUGUUGGCGGCGGCCGUCGAGGACCCCAGAGUGAUGAGCUGCUUUGCCGAAUACUGCGUUGACAACCCGCAGGCAGAUGACACACGUUCGCUGCUGGGGUCUCUGGAAUUAGUGAACAUAUCCGAUCUGCACAGCGGCCGCAGUCGUUCAGCUAGCCAGUCAUCCCACAUGUCCAUUCGUUCUGAUUACUUUGCGGAGGAAGCAAGCACCAGCGAACUCGCCAGCCCUCUACCCGACAUCAACGAAAGCAUUACGUCGCCUGAUCUGUCUGAUGCAUCCCGUGACACUCCGAGCCCGGCUGCCAGAGAUGCCAGGGAGUUCUCCAUCAUCAGCAACACAAUCGACCCGCUCAGUCUAUCCACGUUUCUGCAUGGAGCAACUCGACAGGUGACCAGCUCCCCGCUGACACACCAGCAGCCAGUCGUCAUGGCCAGCAGUACUCUGAAGUCAGCGGCGGCGCAAAGCCAGUAUAUACACUUCCCCAAGAUUACGGCACUAAUUGAAGCGUGCGCUGCUGGACACGAGGAGACGGUUAGAAUCCUGCUGCGCUACGGGGCCACCGACGAAACACGCCUGGGAGUGAAAAUAGCGCUGUUUGCCGAGGCCCACAAUGUGGUGGAAGCAUUGUUGACAAAGUGCCACAAGUUUGAGGCACGUGCGAAAACCGCGGACACGGAGACCGACCUGGUCACCGUACACGAAGAGACGAAGUCUGCUGCAUCCAUAUCUUGGAGCAACCUGUCGCUGUGGGACAUUGACAGCAGCUGGUUGCGUGCAGUUGAGCAGCUCGACCGUGAAGUCCAUCCCAUUGCCACGUCCUACCGCUUGCAACCGCAACACACACCAUGCAUCACGCUCUACAACUAUCCACAUCUGCUGCAGGAGACCCUGACCAGUCCGUCGGCCAUUGUCCACCUCGAGCUACAAAACAACAUGCUGAGCACCGUGCCACUCUGCGUGUUUCAACUGGAGCACCUGGAGGCACUCAACCUCUCUAGUAAUCAACUGCGCUAUCUUCCCAGAGAGCUCCGCGAUACAGAUGGAUGUGAGAACUCAGUGGACAAUGGUCUUGUGGACCCUGCAGAAAAGUCUGAAGGCUAUGAUGUCUUCGAUGGCUGGCGUUGCAAGAAGCUUGCCAAGUUGAAGCUGAGCAACAACAGCCUAAUGGAGAUGCUACCGGUGUGCGUGUGGCUGCUUCCUGCCCUGACCGUGUUGGAGGUUCAGCACAGUGGGCUGCGGUCCUUACCAAACUUCAGCGAACUGCACAGCACAGCUGGUGUCAGCGUGUCACCUCGCCUGAAGAUUCUCGACCUGUCUGAUAACAUGCUGGACAGGAUCGACGGCGGCCUGUUCUACAUUUCAUCCCUAGAGAACAUCAACCUAUCCUGUAAUCACCUGUCCGUGCUACCAUCGCAGAUGUGGAUGGCACUCAGUCUGAAGAAGCUGGACCUGUCUCGAAAUCGAUUGGCGCGACUUCCGGGCCUGUCACUGCCCUUCAGCGAGCUGCUUUCAUUGGAUCUCAACGACAUACCCAGUGCAUACCAGGCGGUUUACAAGCAGCGCAUGAUGUAUUGCGAGGACAGAGUUCCCAGUGGCAGCCUGAGAAGUCUGCCGUCAUCUCUGGUUCGUAUCGAUCCGACGGACACGGCCGAAAAGCCCGAAGUCCUGACAGUUCACAGCUACUCCGCCGAAGCCUCCCUGGAUCUCAGCAUGUCCCUUUGCCACCCAGUCAGCACUCUGAAACCUGUAUACCAGACCACUGCUAGUCCCGUGUGGCCCAGGGAGGACAGCUUGACAUCGCAAAUCAGCUGCGAGUCCGACAGCGAGUCGUCGCCGACAGUCCUGAAGGAGCUGAACCUCUCUCGCAAUCACUUUGUCGGUGUGCCCGAAAUGCUAGCCUGCCUGGCACCGCGUCUCACCGCCCUGAACAUGAGUCACAACUACUUGACUUCGCUCGGGCCAAUCGGCAACAUACCGAGUGGACUGAAAAUGCUCAACCUCUCCAACUGUCGCAUCCGCUCGUGUCACAUAGCACCGGAUGUGAACAUCGAGCGAUACCAUUGCCACCUCCUGGCUGGCUCAGGAUCCGUUCCUGUUGACGCUGACAGUGCCCUGUGCACCCAUUGCCAGCACAUCACCCUACCGAGCCUGGAGCACUUCGUUCUCGACAGCAACCGGCUUGAGACGUUCAACGUUACCUGUGCACUGACGCCGACAAACCGCUCGCCCGCACCUGACGGCAGGCCCACCAAGACGCCCAUGGAGAUUGUUACCAAGCCACUGUAUCCUGAGCUAAGAGAUCUCUGCUUGGCUCGCAACAUGCUCAGACAGCUGUCGCCGCUGCUCGGCAACCAGAAGAAUCUCAAGUCACUGAACAUAGCCCACAACAAGUCGCUUACACACAUCCCACCAGAGCUGGGAAAGCUGAGAGGUAUUCUUCUCAAUCUGGAGAGCAGCGGUGUCAAUCUGAUCUUUCCCUCGCCGGCCACCCACUCUCCACGUCGUCUGCCGUCCUUCCUCAGCUUCCUGGAGUCCACACUACGAGGAUCCCAAGAGUUCCGUCACAUGCGCCUGACCAUUGUCGGUCUCAGUCGCCGUGGUAAGACAACACUGCUGGAGAGACUGAGAGGCGUGUCGCCGAUGCAGCUUGGACCAUCCGAACCAACUGUGAGCAUAGACAUGCUGGACGUGGAACUUCAGCCACCCAAGCCUUCUCACGCUAGCAGCCAUGAUGCGAAGAAGCCUAUCAUCUUCAACUGCUGGGACUUUGCUGGUGAAGAGCUGUACUACAGCCUUCACCAGUGCUUCAUCUUCCAGCGAACUCUCUUCUUGGUUGUGUGGAAGUUGACAGAUGGAGAGAAAGGCAUUGAUGAGCUUGAGCAAUGGCUGGUCAACAUUCAGUCCAGAGCUCCAGACUCUCCUGUCCUGAUUGUCGGCACACAUCUGGACGAGCUGCCAAACAGCAAUCGAAAGGCCCGCGUCGAGGAGCUGCUCAACAUGGUCACGUCGAGAUACCAGAGCCAGCCACCCAAACCAUACUUGCCGAAGGUGGUGGGGAUCUCUGCCGUCAGCUCCACUGCACGCCGCCAUCACUGCAUCGAUGACCUCAAGGCAUUGCUGUACGACAUUGCGUCCAACUUGGAGCUCAAGCAGCAUGGAGGAAUUGAGUACACAUCGAGGCAUGAGCAGAGCGCUAACCUGUUGCUCUGCCAGCCGGUUCCUGCUAGCUAUCUGAAACUGAGACAACGCAUCUUGGAGGCGGCCAGCGACCGAUACCGCGCAGAGAAGUCCGUGCUGACAAAGGAGAAAUUCCGGCAAGAGUUUCGCGACUGCUUGAACGACGAAGACGAGUUCACGCAGGCCGUGGCGUUCUGCCACCACCAGGGCCUCAUCUUGCACUACGAAGAGGCUGCUCUGCAGCGUCUGUACUUCCUGGAUCCAUCCUGGCUGUGCAAGGUGAUGGCCAGAAUCAUCUCACCAGAGGGAGGACCACACUGUCGAGGUCUGCUGUCCAUGGCUGACUUGCGCGAGAAUCUACAGCACUCCAACACACUGGUCUCCUACAUACUGCACUUGCUGGAGAAGUUUGAAGUCGUGCUGCGGCUCUCCGAUGACCUCUGUCUGGUGCAGUCGCAGCUUGAAAGCUACCUGGAGAGCCCUGGCAAUGGGCGUAUGUCUCCCCUACUCGGAUACCCUGGUCAGAGCAAAUCCCGGUCACGCUCGGUCUCCAGAUCUGGCAAUGGUGAAUCCCUAUCGUCCUACCAGUCAAGGUUCUCCUCGUCAACGCCCAGCCUGAUGUCCGUGGGUGCAACACCGCAGGCGGUCAAGAGCAGCCGCAACAUGCACGUGUCUAACCUUUCGCAGAGCGGCGACUUUGAGGAGUCGUUUGAGCAGUCGGUCAGCAGCAUUCUGAGCAGUAGCUCUGACACUCUCUCCCCAGAUAGGAGGGUCUCUAGUGAUAGCUUUAUAGAGUCUAUCUCAGAGAAUCCCAACGAGCUGCGGAGCUCCUUGGACGUGACCAAGCAGCACGCUCUACCCUCGCUGAGCGACCCGGCGUAUACGGCAUCUGCGCCCAUCCGCAUCAACACACUCCACUGCCUGCACCGCCUCUGGAUCAUGGAGUGCUUCCCGUCCGGCUUCUGGCCCCGCUUGCUGAGUCGCGUGGUGCGCGGCGCCCUGUCCACCGACAUCCUCUCGUACCACUUGCCACUGUGCGACCUGACCCAGUUCAAGCUGGAAGCGCUGGUGGAUGCGCGUGGAAACGCGACCGGAGUGCACCACGGCCCGUUGUGCUGGUACUCCUGGUCGGAUCGACUCGAGCUGAAGUGGCAGGACUGCGUGCUGAUGCGCCUCACCCUGACGACUCCGGCCUCCUCUCAGAACAACACCGACCAAUCAGACCUCACAGACAGCACCAAGCCCAACAGUAGUGCCCGCUACAUACAAUGCGAUGCCUACGGCCAGUAUGCCGGGAUCAUUGGCUCGGUGCGCUCGUCCUUGGAAUUGGAAAUUUUCAUUGACAUCUGGUCGUCGUUUUCCAAUGCUUACUCCAGUGAAGGCAGUGGCUGGCAACGCGCCUUCUCGCAGCCGAUGUGGGAUGGUGACGAGCAUGCGGACGUCGGCUUUCGUAUAGCCUCCUCCUGGCUUGCCCACAUCACGCAGACUGUGUGCGUGCUGGUCGGCGACUGGUUCCAUGGUGUGGUGCGUGACGGCCAGAUGCACUGCGUUCUGCCGUGUCACAUGUGCCUGGAGGGCCAUCCAGCUCAUCCGGAAACCAUCGCCUUGUUCCGCGCUGGCCAGGGAUCGCACAGAAGAGCCGGGCAAGCACAUGGCCGUGACGGGCUACUGGACGAAUCUGUGCGGCCGGAUGAACCUAUUGUCAGCGGCCGUCAAAACAGCCGGGAGUGCGAUGACAUGCUAGCGGUUCACCUCGAUCCGAACAGCAUUGUCUGCUUUGAUCUCUCGAGCCUGGUGUAUCUCAUGCAGCAAUGUGACCCAAACAACGGAGCAGGCAUCGGAAGCCUCGGUGGAAACAUGGAUGAUUUUGUCCAGCGCGGCCUGGUGCAGUGUCCCAAACAUGGCUUCUUCCUAGCCACUGAUUCAGCACCUGAUUUGGCAUUUGAGGAUGUUACCAGCAGCCAGCUGCUCUCUGUAUCGUCGUCGCGGAAUGUUCAAACAGACAAGAUGAUGCUGGGAUUCGGCGGCCAAGGCGUCAUUUUCCGUGGCCGUCUCCGUCAGGGUGAUGAGUCAAUGCGAGCUGUAGCGCUGAAGUUCUUCCACUGGGAUGCGAAGGAGGUGAAAAAGAAGACUCGCAGAGGUCCGAUAGACUUGCGGAGCUUAGUGGCGGAACGAGCCGAGGAUGCAUGGGUCAGCUAUGAGGCCCUGCGUCAAGAGGUCAACAUGUUACUGUGCUUGUCUCACGAACACAUUAUGUCGAUGGUUGGCGUCAGCAGCUCUCCGCACUGUGUGGUGCUUGACCUUGCGCCGCUGGGCAACCUGCGUGUCGUCUACGAUGCCUACAGGAAAAGUGGUAUCCGCCUGGGUAACUUCACCACCAGGCAACUAGCUUAUCAGGUGGCAUCUGCUUUGGCAUACAUCCACGAGAGGUCCAUUAUCUACCGGGACAUGAAAUCAGACAAUGUGCUGGCUUUCUCAUUCCCUGCGCCGUCAUGCCAUCACGAUGUUUACUACAAUCUGGUUCAUGUGAAGCUCACCGAUCAUGGUAUAAGUCGUAUGGGUGGUCAGGCAAUGCGGGUUGAUGGCACUGCACGCUUCAUUGCGCCCGAGGUGCUCACGCACUAUGGCAAUGAACCUUACGGACCAAAGGUGGAUGUUUUCGCCUACGGAAUGUUCCUCUAUGAGCUAAUAUCGAUGGAGAAACCAUUUUCAUCUUACCAUGAUGCACGUGCAAAUGCUGCAGUGCUUAGAGACCAGCGACCAGGUUGGACUCCCAAGCUUGGCCAUGCACCAGUGUGUGCCCAGGAUGUCAUGCUCAAGUGCUGGAUGCAAGACCCAGACCUCAGACCAACUAUGUCCGAGGUGCUGACUAUGAUCAAGAUGCCCACGUUUGCACGGAUCCUGAACGCGCUGUAUUUCGAGGAGUGCUUCACUAUCCUGGACGCCUGCGUCAGCGUCAUCAAGCCAGAUGCCGACUUGGAAAACAGGGACAAGAAGGACAAGGAGGCAGCAAACAGCACGACGACAGAGAUUUGGGUUGUGGGAGGAAGUCGCGAGUGUGGUGUGGCAGCCGUUCUGAAUCUUGAAACGUACAAAAUGUGGCACUACAAGGUGUGUGACAAUCGUGUCACCUGCGUGGGUAGCGUGGGCAGUACCGUGUGGAUCGGCACGUCUGCCGGUUACCUGUGUAUCUACGACGUCCUGUCUCGGCAGCGCUUGUUCUACGGGAUCAUCUCGGUGGGACGCUACGCGCUGCAGAUCACGCACUGUCCGAACAGCCACUGUGUGUUGGUUGCAGUCAGCGACAAGACACUGCGUGCAUACAGAGAUGAGCUCCAAUUCUCUCCUGGACAAGAUGAAGGCAUGCUGGAGACAAUGUCGGCGGCAUUCAUGCCAAACCGGUGGUCCAUAUGCUGCUUCACGCCCGUGCCCAACCCGGCGGCCAAGUCCUUGGUAGAGGCACAGCGGAGUCAGCGUCUGGAGGUCUGGUGUGGCUUGGACUGCGGCCGUAUCAUGGUGUUCGAUGCCGACUGCGAGCGAUGGGCGCAGGAAAAGCAAAGCCAGUCUGGCUAUCAAGUGCCACCCUCGCCAACGCCAGAGUCUACUGAACCAUCACCAGGUAUCAGCCAAGAGGAAGAGGGACCCAGUCUGCUGCAGGAGAAGGAAAGUUUGCAACUGCCCUUCCACGACAAUCAGCCAUGCAGCUUUGUGUGUGUAACACAAUUUCAAGAAGACCAGAUAUCCGGUGAUGAAGGAGCACCCAUGCUGCGAACCCGAGUAUGGCUGGCUGUGCGACGCCGGUCGGUGGUGUCUUGCUGGACAUACGGCAGUGUGUGCUGGUCGCCAUUCGAUAUGAGCGUCUAUUUGCGUUCGUCUGAAGUGUUUCAAGCUCGUGUGACGUGCAUGACAACGUGGAAACACGAGGUGUAUGUCGGCACAGGCAGUGGACACAUUGUGAUUCUGGACUCACGUCGUAUGUAUUGCACAUCCUUCAUGUCAAUGCAUGGUGGCCCAGUCAGACGUCUUCUCUCCCUGCCGCCAUUGCAAACGUCACUGAAUGCCAAUGGUCUCAGCCCACCCAGAGCACCGACAUCUGACACCAGUGCUGGCAACAGUGCUGCUGCCGCGUCUACUGCUGCUGGUGCUGGUGGUGCUGGCAUGGAUCAGGUCAACCUUCUGUCACGGUUCGACCCAGUUCGCCUGAGCGGCCCAGCCAUGACCGGGCAGACGGCAGUCGAUGUUUACCUGCACACGAACCAAUUCAACAACGGGAGAGACUCGCCGCCCACAGUGGAGAUUGCCCACCAAGCUCCUCUGUCACUCUCCCGGCAAAGCAGCUUGCGCGUCGGAAGCUAUUCUUCAGAUGAAGUUGCCUCUGCGUACCACGAUCCAUCACAGUCUCUUGGUGGCAAGCCAAGUCCUGCAACAGCUAGGAGAGGAUCAGAAGGCGUCAGUGACGGGGGUGUUGUGCACACAGCGGCCAAUGCCGUUCAGCCGUGCAUUGAUGCCAGCAAGCUGCACUUGAUGUUCAGCUGCGGCGAGAAGCUAGUACCUACACCAAGUCCAACGGAAGGUGCAAGAGCCAUGCGCCGUGCGCCAGUCUUCAUGAUGACAUGGCUGGCCGGGCAAUGGCAUGAUCAAGUCUAGUCACGGCUGACUAGCAAUCAGACUGUAACAACUAAAUGUAUUCCAAGUGAGGCAAAAGCUAUCAGGCAGGUGAGUAUUACUAUGUACAUGUUGGUCGUCAAAACCUGGUGGCACUUGCCAGGCAUUAUUCCAUGUACCAAGGCACCCCACUGACAUUGCUUGUUCAUGGCACUUUGCCUUGAACUGGGGGGGAAUUCCCCAUUGGAACUCCGACCGGCCUAAAUUACUGUAGAGAAUAUUGUAGUGUGCGGAAUGUUUUAUAUUUUGAUUUUUUCCCCUGAAAACAGUACACAAUCGUCACGUCUAGAUUCUUGAUGAAUGAUAGUGGGAGACUCUGGCUGGCCAGCACAUGACCUCAUAGAUAUUUUCUCAUUCAGCUACACUUUGAUGGAAUUCUUUAGCACUGAACACUGUUUGGGGACAUGUGGAGCCUUGCCGUGCGGAUUUGAUCCUCUUUGCUGAAGCAUUCUGAGCAAACGUUUUCACGUGUUAUCACAGACGUACUAGCUAUUGUUGGAUUAAAUAUUUUUUGAAUAUGGCCAAAUUUGAAACCUUGAAUUUCUAACUCGGAUACUCGUUCCCAUGUCACGUUUUUCUAUUUUACCAUGAUUUGCAGUUUCCAUUUCCUACAACUCACAGUCCUGUGCUCAUACAUGUGCCUACAUGUAUAGAGAUAUCUAGAUACAGAUCUGGCUUCAAAUUGCA